CUCUCUCUCAUAACUCCCUGCUACGACAUUCUUACUCCUUUGUUCCACAGAAGGAAAAAACAAUGCCAUACAACUGAGAGGAACGAAACCAAAAGAGCAGCAAAAUGCAAACCCAAUUACUGUUCUUCAGCUGUUACAUUGGGCUCUCUCUUGUUCUUGCUGAGGGAGCUCAAACCACGCCAAAUGAUGAAUUGUCAACCUUAAUAUCAAUAAAAGCUGUUCUUAUCGAUCCUUUAGAUAGCCUGAAGGAUUGGCGAAUACCAAACAGAACGCUUGAGAAAGGUUCGGUACUGCAUUGUAACUGGACAGGGGUCAUGUGCAACUUCAAAGGCCUUGUGGAGAAGCUUGAUCUCUCCAACAUGAAUCUCGGCGGCAGUGUUUCAGACUCCAUUCAAGGCCUGCAUGGUCUUUCUUCUUUCAACAUUUGCUGUAAUGGGUUUGCAUCAUCUUUGCCAAAAUCACUAUCCAAUCUUACUUCACUGAAGAGCAUUGACGUAAGUCAGAAUUCCUUCAUUGGCAGCUUCCCCACGGGUCUUGGAAUGGCCUCAGGACUGACUUCAGUUAAUGCAUCAAGCAAUAAUUUCUCGGGUGUUCUUCCAGAGGAUCUUGGAAAUGCCACAUUACUUGAGAUCCUUGAUUUUAGAGGGAGCUUCUUUGAAGGAUCAAUCCCUUCAUCUUUCAAGAAUUUGCAGAAACUGAAGUUCCUCGGCCUUUCCGGCAAUAAUUUCACAGGAAAGAUUCCACGAGAACUCGGGCAACUUUCUUCCUUAGAGACAAUAAUUCUCGGAUACAACGAAUUUAAAGGUGAAAUCCCGGUGGAGUUAGGCAACCUUACCAAUCUUCAGUAUCUUGACUUUGCUGUCGGAAGUCUCAGUGGCCAGAUUCCACCUGAAUUGGGUAGGCUAAAACAACUUACCACGAUAUAUUUGUACAAAAACAACUUUGCAGGAAAGAUUCCCCCAGAAAUUGGUAACAUUACAUCGCUAGUUUUUCUAGAUCUUUCCGAUAAUCAGAUCUCAGGACAGAUUCCAGCUGAGCUAGCAGAAUUGAAGAACUUGCAGCUCUUGAAUCUAAUGUGCAAUCACCUGUCUGGUCAUAUUCCAAGCAAGCUUGGUGAGUUGACUAAAUUAGAGGUACUUGAGCUAUGGCAGAACUCUUUGACAGGUCCUUUGCCAACAAAUCUUGGACAAAACUCCCCCAUGCAAUGGUUAGACGUGUCAUCAAAUUCACUGUCGGGUGAGAUUCCACAAGGUUUGUGUAAUUCAGGCAAUCUCACAAAACUCAUCCUUUUCAACAACUCCUUUUCCGGCCCCAUCCCAAUUGGUCUUGCAAAAUGUAAGUCACUAGUACGUGUCCGAAUGCAGAAUAAUGACAUUUCCGGGACCAUUCCUUUUGGUUUGGGAGAUCUUCCAAUGCUUCAAAGGCUGGAAUUGGCAAACAACAAUCUCAGUGGCCAAAUCCCAGAAGAUAUUGCCUCCUCUGUAUCGCUUUCUUUCAUUGAUAUCUCCUCGAACCACUUUCAAUCAUAUCUUCCUUUCACCAUUCUCUCUAUUCCUAAUCUACAAAUCUUCAUCGCUUCCAGCAACAAUCUGGAAGGUCCUAUCCCAGACCAGUUCCAAGACUGCCCAUCACUUUCCAUGCUCGAUCUUUCAAGCAACCAUUUCUCAGGAAAAAUUCCAGAAGGAAUUGCUUCGUGUCUAAAGCUAGUGAAUCUAAAUCUUCGAAGCAACCAGUUUACAGAAGGAAUUCCCAAAGCACUUGCAACCAUGCCAUCACUAGCUAUUCUUGAUCUGUCCAACAAUUCUCUUGUUGGUCGGAUACCCGAAAAUUUUGGAAGCUCACCCGCCCUGGAAAUGGUCAACCUCUCAUUCAACAAGCUCGAGGGUCCAGUCCCCUCAAAUGGUAUGUUGAUAACGAUCAAUCCUAACGAUCUAAUGGGCAAUGCCGGUCUCUGUGGUGGAGUACUUCCACCAUGUUCUCAAACUUUUGCUGCACCACCAGGGCCAAGAAACAUGCAUGUAAAACACAUCCUAGUGGGAUUUAUUGUAGGGAUUUCAAUAAUUCUGUCUCUUGGAAUAGCUUUGUUCACUGGAAGAUGGCUAUUUAGAAGAUGGUACUUAUAUAACAGCUUCUUUGAUGAUUUGUUCAUGAAGAGCAAUGAACAAUGGCCUUGGAGGCUAGUUGCAUUCCAGAGGGUCAGUUUCACCAGCAGCGACAUACUAGCUUGCAUUAAAGAAUCAAACCUAAUCGGCGUUGGCGGAACUGGUGUAGUGUACAAGGCUGAAACUCAUCGGCCACAUGCAGUUGUUGCUGUCAAGAAGCUAUGGAGGUCAGGGUCGGACAUCGAAAACAGCGACAAUCUUUUGGGAGAGGUGAAUCUUCUAGGGAGGCUUCGACAUCGAAACAUUGUAAGGCUUUUAGGGUAUCUUCACAAUGAAACUGACAUUAUGAUGGUAUAUGAGUACAUGCCAAAUGGGAAUUUGGGGACGGCACUCCACAGUAAAGAAGCUACAAAGUUGUUGGUGGAUUGGGUUACCCGAUACAACAUAGCAGUCGGGGUUGCACAAGGGCUGAAUUACCUCCAUCACGACUGCCGCCCGCCAGUAAUCCACCGGGAUAUCAAGUGCAACAACAUACUCCUUGAUGCCAAUCUCGAUGCAAGGAUAGCGGAUUUUGGGUUGGCAAGGAUGAUGGUUCAUAAGAACGAGACUGUUUCUGGGGUGGCUGGAUCUUAUGGGUAUAUUGCACCUGAAUACGGAUAUACUCUGAAGGUCAACGAGAAGACAGACAUAUACAGUUUUGGUGUCAUACUUUUGGAGCUUCUGACUGGAAAAAUGCCUUUAGAUCCAGCAUUUGGAGAACCGAUCGAUAUUGUCCAAUGGGUUCGCAGGAAGAUUGGAAACAGCAGAAGCUUAGAAGAAACACUGGAUCCCAACAUAGCUGGUGAAUGCAAACAUGUCCAAGAAGAGAUGCUCCUCGUCCUUCGAAUAGCACUUCUCUGUACUGCAAAGCUCCCCAAGGACAGACCGCCUAUGAGGGACAUUGUAACGAUGCUUGGAGAGGCAAAGCCGAGAAGGAAGAGCCUUUGUCAAAAUGGGGUACACAAUAGUAGAAAAGAGAAGCCAAUCUUUAACACCUCGCCUGUAAUAGGUCUUAUGUAGGAAUAACAAUCUCCGCAGUUGGCUG